CUCCUGCUGGGAUAUGUCGACAACGAUGAUCCAGCCAGUGCUCUGGAGCUCUUUGCUGGGAUGGAUCGUGGGCGAGAUCGCCAUCGAUGCGAUCCAAACGCGAGGACUUUCGUGGCUGUGCUCAAGGCUUGUGCGAUCUUGGCGGCGAGAGAACAGGCUCACGAAGCUGACGGACGAGCGCUCAAGCUCGCUGCUCUCAAGCAAGGCGUGGCGAUCCACUCGCAGCUCGCGAGAGCUUCCAGAGUGUGGCAGUGUGAUCGAAGCUCGAGCGGUGUUUGAUCGAAUGCCGUUGCACGACUUGGUUUCUUCGACGGCCUUGAUGCUGGGAUACGCGGAGAACAGCCAAGAAUCGCUGGCGCUGGAGCUCCUCUCGAGCUUUAGUUUCCACUCCCAAGGUAUUGCUCCAGACGCUACUUUGUUUGUUGCCGCGCUGAAAGCUUGCUCCAGCCUCGCAGUAAAGGAGGAGGCGAGGGAGAUCGAUGGAAAGCUCGUCAAGGUGGAGAGCUUGGAAAGAGCGAUGGCUAUCCAUUCCCUGGCGGCGAAGUUUGGCUGCGAGUUUAAUCUCUACGUCGCGACUACGCUGGUGGACGUGUACGCGAAGUGUAAGAGCGUGGUGAGCUCGCAGAGAGUCUUUGAUAGGAUGCCUUGCCACAAUGCUGUGUCUUGGACGUCGCUGAUGAUGGGAUAUAUCGACGCAGGGAAUGGAGAGCUCGCCAUCGAUUUAUUCUCGCGGAUGGAGCUCGCGAGUUCGUCCUCAAUCGACGCGGCAACUUUCGUCUCGGCGCUCAAAGCUUGCUCGAGCCUCUCCGAGAGAGAAGAGGCGAGGGAGCUCGAUGGGAGGCUUGUCAAAAUGGAGUCUCUCAAGAGAGGAGUGGAGAUCCACGCUCGAGCGGAGAAAAGUGGCUGGGAGCUCGACGCAAGCGUGGGGAUUUCGCUGGUGGAUAUGUACGCGAAGUGUGGCUGCUUGGUGGAGGCCAGGCGAGUGUUUGACAGGCUCUCCUCGAGCAGCGUGGUGCCGCUCACGUCUCUCACGCUGGGAUACGCGGAGAAUGGCCAGGGAGAGCUCGCAGUGGAGCUCCUCGAAUCGAAAGUUUGCGAGCAAGGAGGCGGGCUUGAUCCGCCAACUUUCGUCGCGGCUUUGAAGGCUUGCUCGAGCAUGGCCGGCAAGGAGACCGGGGAGCUCGUCCAUGGCAGGCUUGUGAAGCUCAAGGCUCUGGAGAAAGGGAUGAGCUUCCACUCGCAGGCGAUGGAUAGGAGCUUUGAGACGGACACCUACGUAGCCAAUACUCUGGUGGACAUGUACGCGAGGUGUGGAAGCAUGGUAGAUUCGAGGGGUGUUUUCGACAGGAUGGUGGCCAGGAACUCCGCCACUGCCGCGUCCUGGAACGCCCUCUUGCUGGGAUACAGCGAAAACGGCGAGGAAGAUCUCUCGCUGGAGCUCUUCCCGAGAAUGCUGGAGAGCGAGGCUAUGGCGAACUCCCGGACUUUCGGCGUCCUGCUAAAAGCAUGCGGAGCUGCCGUGGCUUUGGACAAGCUGCAAGCGAUCGAGGCAAGGAUCUACAGGGCCGGUCUCGAAGUUGAUGAAACUCUGGCAACUUCGCUUGUGGAUGUUUACGGGAAGUGUGGAGAUAUGAUCCGGGCACGCUGUGUUUUCGACUGGAUCGUCGCUGCUGGAGGUGGCGACUUGGUUCUCUGGACGGCUCUCAUCGCAGGGUACAGCCGGGUGGGAAAAUGGAAGCUCGUUUUCGAGAGCUUUAGCUCCAUGGAAGAUCGAGGCUUGGCAGCCAACGCUGUGACGCUGGUUUGUUUGCUCACAGCGUGUAGCCACAGUGGUCUCGUCGAGAGAGGGAGGAGCUACUUUCGCGAGAUGGUGCCGAAGUUUGGGAUCUCUCCGGGAGUGGAGCACUUGAGCUGCAUGGUGGAUUUGCUAAGCCGGGCCAAUCACCUCGACGAGGCUGUGGAGAUGGCCAAGAGCAUGCCGGCUGGAGAGAGUGGGGUUGCGUGGAUGACGAUCCUGGGAGCUUGCUCGAAGUGGAGAAACGUGAGGAUUGGAGAGAUUGCUUUUGGUAGAUUGGUGGAGAGCGACAGUCACUCGGCUGGAGCUUAUGACUUGAUGGCUAAUAUCUAUGGACGAAUAUAAAUGGAUAUGGAAACAUCGAACUUGUCAUUACAUUUUUCCUAAAGUUCGGCCAAAGUUCCUAGUU